AUCUGUCGGUCCUGUCAAGCUAGGGUUUCAUUCUACAAUUCCUUUCUGUUUCUGCCUAAAUUCUCUCGGCGCGCUCGAAUUUUUCUAUUGUUUCCGGUGUAGAUGGCUGGAAAAGGCGAAGGUCCGGCGAUCGGAAUUGAUCUCGGUACGACGUACUCGUGCGUCGGCGUUUGGCAGCAUGAUCGGGUGGAGAUCAUUGCGAACGACCAGGGCAACCGCACCACGCCUUCAUACGUCGCAUUUACCGACAGCGAGCGUCUAAUCGGCGAUGCUGCGAAGAAUCAGGUUGCCAUGAAUCCGACAAACACCGUCUUCGUGUUUCUUCAAUCCAGAAUGAAUGGCCUUACAGAGCAAAAAUAUUUAUUGACAAAGGAAACAAUGGAGGAAGAUGAUAUUGAUGAUGAAGAAAUGGAUUCUGGGUCGGGAUCUGAAGAGAUACCAUUGUCGGAACCUUCAAAAGAUGCUGUGUACAAUAGGGAAGGCCUCCUUGAAAAGCUUGAAGAAAUAGCCUGGCCGAAGGAUCUCGAAUGGAUCCAUAAACUGACUAUCGUUUACGAUCAAGCAGAAGAGAUCGAUGUGAAUGACGAUCUGACUCGCGAGCUCGCAUUCUAUAACCAGGCCGUCAAUGGCGCCAGAAACGCCUUCGAGAAAUUGCAGUCUAUGGGCAUCCCGUUCCUCCGACCUCCAGAUUUCUACGCCGAGAUGGUGAAAUCAGACAACCAUAUGCUGAAGAUCAAAAGCAGGCUCUUGGUGGAGAAGAAGAAGAUGGAGGAGGCCGAGGAGAGGAAGAAGGCGAGGGAGUCGAAGAAGAGAGCGAAGGAGGUACAGGCCCACAAGCUGAAGGAGAAGGCCAAGCGCAAGAAAGAAGAGAUCGAUUCUGUUAAAAAAUGGCGGAAGCAGCGGCAACAGAGCGGUUUUGCAAGAAAUAGUAAGGCCGAAGAAAUGGAUUUUGGAGAUGGAGCGAAUAGUUUCCAGAGAUCGAAUAAGAAGAGGCCUGGAGUGACUCCCGGUGAUAGAUCUGGUGGUUUUAAAGCAAAGGAGAAGAACAAGAGAAGGACCUUCAGGGAAAGCAAGUUCGGCCAUGGCGGAAGAAAGGGGAUGAAGAAGAAAAAUACUGCAGAGACUACCAAUGAUUUAAGUGUCUUCAACAAGAGUGAUCUUAGGGGAAGUAAGAAGAGGAAGAGGUGAGCUAUUUUUUUUUUAUAUAUUUCUUUCAAUGAAUGAAUCUUAGGACUCAAUUUAAGGCUUUGUUUGGGACGACUUUAUUAUUGCUUCUAAAAAUAGUUUUUUUGCAAAAAAU